GUUUCUUGAGAGCGAGCUGGGUGCCAUCGUUUUUUUAUGGCAUUGGUUGGUAUAUGCUAAAGCUUCAAUCCUCCAUUUCCUCCUCUCCAAUAUUUUCAGUGACGCCCAAAUUUAUUACAAGAUGCCGAAGAAGAUGGGUGUAAACAGCAAAGCCGAGGCGGCGCGUGCGCGCAAGAGCGCCACUGAAGCCGAACGAAAAGAUCGGGAAGCACGGGAGAAAGAAGAGCAGUACUGGCGCGAAGCCGAGGGUCCUAAAUCUAAGGCCACCAAGAAACGCGAGGAAGAAGCCGAGAAACGAGCUGAAGCCGCUGCUCGCAAGGCUGAGGCGCGCCGUCAAGCCGAAAUGGAGGAGAAAGAGAUCGAAAAGGCGUUGAAGAAACCGGAUAAGAAGGCCAACCGUGUGGCGAUUCCGGUGCCGAAGGUGACCGAAGCGGAGCUACAGAAGAGGAAGGAGGAGGAGCAAGCGGAGAUGGCGAAGAAAGCGGAGGAGGCGAAGAAGAGACAGAGUAGGACCGCGGCCGAAGAAGAGUAUGAGAGGAUGGUGUUAGUGACAAACAUGAAUAGGGAUGAUUCGUUGAUUGAAGCAAGGAGUGUCGAGGAGGCGAUUGCGCAGAUGUCUGUGGCGGACACCCUUCCCCCGGAUCGCCAUCCUGAGAGGCGGCUUAAGGCUUCCUUCAAGGCAUUUGAAGAAGCUGAGCUUCCCAGGCUUAAAGAAGAGAAGCCAGGUCUUACUCACAAUCAAUACAAGGAUAUGAUAUGGAAACUAUGGAAGAAAUCUCCUGAUAAUCCUCUAAACCAGGUUGCUGAGUGAGUGAUCUCUGCAUAAUUUUUCUCAGGCUAGAAUGGCAGGCGAGUUUUGUUGUUUAUAAACUUAUGGGGUUUCUGGCCUACUAUAUGAGCAGUGUUUGCUUGGUGCUUAGAAAUGAAUAAAACAUGAUUGAUCUAAUAAUACUUUCUAUUUACUAUUAUUGUUCAGGAUCAUACAUGAGCUGUUUGGUUAGUUUAAAUAUGAUUUGUUGCCUAGUUUUCUAUUUACUUGAGGGUCAGAAAAGAUUGACUGAUGUACAUGAAGAGAAAUAGUACUUGACAUGGAUUGUGUAAAUUACGAAAUAAGUUGCGAACAUAAGAUAGAAAGCUGGGAAGGUUUUCCUUUCUCUCCAUGUGGAUUAAUAAAGAUUGUACAUGAUAUA